AAGACAAGAUAAGAAAACCCAAUAUCAGAAUCCACUUGACAUAACCGAUAACAUUUCUGCAAACGGAUAUCCUCGAACCACGUCACCACUCAUCAUCACAACCACCGUUCGUUAUGGCCGGUACUCUGUCUCUGGGUUUCGCUACAUCCUACACAACCGCCUUUACUUCCGUAUCUAUCAAGCGUGUCAGAACUUCCACCUGUUUCAGAACUAAAAUUCGCUGUAUAGGAUGGGAUCCGGAAGGGAUACUGGGGCCACCAACCACCGGCCACUUAGCCAGACGUGAGUUCCAGAGACGCCUUGAGAAAGACGCCGAUGCUCGAGAACAGUUCCAACGUCAAGUACAAGAAGAAAACGAACGUCGACGUGCUCUGCGUGAGUCUCGGCGUGAACCGAAUAACAUUGAGGAGUUGGUUGAAUAUUUUCUUGAUACUGAAGCUCAGGAGCUUGAAUUUGAGAUUGCUAGAAUGCGGCCUAAGUUAACCAAUGAAUUUUUUACUCACUUAAAGUUUGAACUAGGACAGCUUCGGUUUGCUGUUCAAAAAACUGAGGAUAUGGAAGAUAGAGUGAUUGAGUUGGAAGCACUACAAAAAGCCCUUCUUGAAGGAAUAGGAGCUUAUGAUAAACUGCAAGCUAACAUAGUGAAGGCAAAGGAUAACCUAAACAAAAUCUUUACAUCAAAGGAUGUGCAAGCAACUUUACUGGAAAUGGUGGAGAAGAACGAGAUUAAUAAAUCUUUAUUGGCACUUCUUGAUGAAAAUAUAGUGAGUGCUCGCAGGAGUAACCAGUUACAAGCAGCAGAAUACAUGGAGAAGGUUCGUGGGGCUGUGCGCAAGUACUAUACUGUCUAGUUUUGAGUCUACGAAAUCAAUUUGGCCUUAAAUUCAGGAAGUAUCAUGUGGUGGUUGUAAAUUAUUGAUUCAUGCCCAUAUGCAUUGAGACCUCAUGAGAGAAACUUGAUUAUUUUUAUUUGAAUUUAAAUAAUUAAAUCUUUCUUUGCUCACCUAGAUGAUUCCCUACUCUGUAAUUUCAUAUUUAAUAAUAACAAUAAUAAUAAUA